AUGGUCAAAGAAACAAAGCUGUACGACCAGCUCGGCGUCAAGCCUGAUGCAUCCCAGGAUGAGAUCAAGAAGGGUUAUCGCAAGGCUGCCUUGAAGUACCACCCUGACAAGAACAAGGACAAUCCCGACGCCGCCGAGAAGUUCAAGGAGUGCUCACAGGCCUACGAGAUCCUCUCUGACCCAGAGAAGCGAAAAGUUUACGACCAGUACGGCCUCGAGUUCCUGCUGCGCGGCGGCGGCGCCCCACCACCAGAUGGAGCUGGAGGCAACCCCUUCGCUGGCGCUGGCGGCGGCGUCCCAUCAGGCUUCUCGGGCUUCAACUUCGACACGGGCGGCGGCGGCGGCGCCAAGACCUUCCAUUUCAGCACAAACGGAGGAGGCCCGGGCGGAUUUAAUUUCUCCAACCCGGACUCCAUCUUCGCCGAGUUCAUGCGGAGCGGAGGCGGCCCUGGCGGCGGCGGCGAUGACGACUUUGACAACCUCUUCAGCGCCUUUGGCGGCGGCGGUCCACGGGCCAGCCGCGGCGGGCCUCGGAUGAGGACUAGUUUCCCAGAUGCGGGCAUGGGCGGCGGCCGCAGCGCACGACAGCCAACACCUGAGGUGACAACGGUGGAGCGUUCGCUGCCUGUGUCUCUGGAGGACAUGUACAAGGGCGUGGAGAAGAAGAUGAAGAUCAAGGCCAAGAAGUUCGACGACAACGGCAAGCGGACCACAACCGAUCAGAUGCUCACAGUGCCCAUCAAGGCUGGCCUGAAGAAGGGCAGCAAGAUUCGCUUCAAGGGCGUGGGAGACCAGGAGGAGGGCGGUCAGCAGGACCUGUGCUUCAAACCACACCCUAUCUACACCCGCGACGGCGACGACCUCAGCAUGACCGUCGACCUCGAGCUGAAGGAGGCCCUGACAGGCUGGAAACGUACCGUCACUACCAUUGACGGGCGGCAACUCAGCCUUGACAAGUCCGGCCCCACGCAACCUGGGUCUCAAGACGUCUACCCAAGCCUGGGCAUGCCCAUUUCGAAGAAGCCUGGCCAGAGGGGCAACUUCAUCAUCAAGUACAACGUCAAGUUCCCCACCUCGUUGACUCCACAGCAGAAGGAGGCUCUCAAGGGCAUCCUGUAA